GAUUCCACCACCACCCUUCCCCAACGCCGCCGCCUCCUCCUACCCACCCAGCUCCAGUAGGGCCUCUGAGACACAGCUGGGAAGGCUGGCAGGCAGGAGGGCCAGGGCCGGCACCGGGGGGCCAUGGACCCCGCAGCAGGGCCCGUACUCUAUCAGAAGCUGCUGCUCUGGGAGCCGAGCUUGGAGUCAGGGGAGGAGGAAGAAGAGGGGGAGACAUUGGAGCCACUGGUUCCCGACCCCUGGAGGCCCCAGGACUCCUCUGGGAACAAGCCCGGUGGGCUGUCCAGACCCUGGGCCCGAAUAGCAGCAGCCCUGCUGCUGCUGGCCGUUGGCUGCUCCCUGGCUGUGUGGCAGAUCCAAACCAAGGGCAGCUGGACAGGAAGCUUGGGUUCUGUGGCCCCUCCACCCAGUGGACACUCCCACCGCCCAGGUGCAUACCACCACGGCGCCAUCAUCAGCCCUGCAGCCACGUGCUCACACCUGGGACAAGAGCUGCUUGUUGCUGGGGGCAAUGUCGUGGAUGCAGGAGUUGGUGCUGCUUUGUGCCUGGCGGUGGUGCAUCCUCAUGCCACAGGGCUAGGUGCCAUGUUCUGGGGCCUCUUCCACAACAGCUCCUCAGGCAAUACAACUGCCCUAAUGCCAGGCCCAGCCCAGACCCUGGCCCCUGGCCUGGCGCUGCCCGCAGCUCUACCUACCCUGCACUUGCUGCAUGCACGCUUCGGCCGCCUGCCCUGGCCGCACCUGCUGGUGGGCCCCACCAUGCUGGCUCAAGAGGGCUUCCUGGUGGACACGCUCCUGGCAAGGGCUCUGGCAGUUCAGGGCACAGAUGGCCUCUGUCCACUGCUUUGCCACGCCAAUGGGACACUCCUGGGCCCUGGGGCCCAAGCUACCAACCCAAAACUGGCAGCUGUGCUACACAGGGCAGCACUUGCCCCCACCUCAGACCUUGCCGGGGAUGCCCUACUGAGUCUGCUGGCCAGAGACCUGGGGGUGGAGGUACCCUCCGCCGGGCCCAGGCCUACCUUGGAGCCAGCACUGCAGCUACCUAUGCCUGAGGGCAUCCUGUUCACCACCCCUGGCCCCUCUGCUGGCCCAGAACUGCUGGCAGAGCUGGAGGCAGCCUUACUCUCUGGGGCGCCCAAACCUGACCCCUGCCCACCACUCCUGCAAACCGCCAUGAGCCCUGCCAGCAGCAUUCUGGCCACCGUGGACAGCAGCGGCUCUGUGCUCCUUCUCACCUCCUCACUCAACAGCUCCUUUGGCUCUGGACACCUGUCCCCAAAAACUGGGGUUCUGCUUAGCAACCUGGUGGCCAGGUCUGCAGCUAGCACCUGGGCCUGCCCCCUCAUCCUCCGCAGCAGCCCAGAUGACACUGAGGCCGAUGUGUUGGGGAUGGUGGCUUCAGGAACCCCUGAUGUGGCCAGAGCCAUGACUCGGGCCUUACUCAGCCAUUUGGCAGGGCCCCAAACCCAGGCCCAGCACCAGCACCAGGCCCAGCAGGGACAAACAGAGAAUGCCAAUGCUUGUGGCCAAGGGACCCUGCUCCAAGUGGCAGCUCAUGCAGAGCAUGCCCAUGUCUCUAGUGUCCCCAGUGACUGCUGCCCCUUCCAGGGGUUCUAACAGGGUGAGGGGUGUCUGGCAGGGAGUAUAGUUGUCUCAAGCCUGGGGGCAGGAGCAGAGCAGACCCAGCAACGAUGGUGUACAUGAAGAGUGUGCAUCUAUUAUGCACUCACUGCUGGCUCCGGCCCAACCUUGGGCCUGGUCAGUUACUAGGACUUGAGUUCUGGCAUCCAGGGUUGCUCAAUCAUUCUUCAAAUCAACCGCACUGGAUGGAAUCUCUGCCUCUUUUACCAGCUAAGGAAACUGAGGAUAAUGAGCGAAGAGCAACAGGGCCUGUGUGGCUAGCCCUGAGUCCAUAUCCAGCUCUGGGAAGGACAGAUGGAAGAAUGCUGAGCCCCUGCCUAGGCUCUGGGCCCCAUGAGGCAAGGCAGGGCAGGCAGAGCCCAGGGUACUGCUGGCAUCUCUGUCCUCCCCUCAAGCCACCUGCUGCUGAUCUCCCUCAACUGGACCGGACACAAAAUAAAGAUCAAGUCUCCUGGAGACCAGGUGCCA